GAACGUCAUCACUCCGCGUUGACAACCAAGAUGGCUACCUAGUUUGUAAGCAAUUUCACCACCUGGUAGAAUUGAAUUGUUUUCGUCAGCAGAGGAAUUUUUUGUUAGACGUCAGCGCUUCGUUCCUACUUGGCAUCAUUUUAGCACGUACAAAAAUAUCAAAAUGAAAUCGGACGUGGAGGAUUUAAUGCCGAGGCUGCUGCCCGUCGAGUUUGAAUCCAGUGCAGGAGACCUGGACCUGAAAGGACCGCCGAGAAACCCUCGGGAAUACCUCCGGCAAGUCCAGUUGGAGGCCUCACUAUGUCCGGAUGUGGUGGUCGCUCAGAUUGACCCCAAGAAACUGAAGAAAAAGCAAACAGUUAAUGCCUCGGUGGCGGGAUGUCAUGCUGCUCCAGUGGGUUUCUCCCCCAGUUUAAGCUGGCAGCAGCAGCAAGUCAGCAACUUCUCAGAUGUCAGACAGAGUAUCACAAAGAACAGAAAACACUGGAGCAGUCAGACUCUGGACGACAAUGUGCUGAUGCCAAAGAUAACAGAUGAGGAGGGCUGGAAGAGAUUUUGUUUAGGAGAGACGGUCUACCUGGGUACUUCAUCGUGCCACACAGAAGCUGAACCAGAGCCAGCACUGGACUACAGCAAGGUGGGCUUUCCUCCCUUCCUAAGCAUAGUGAGCAGGCUGAACCAGUCCACAGUGCUGAUGGUAUUGGAGACUCUAAUCAGUUGGUUUGAGGAACACGACUUUGUUCCUCAGUUGGGUCGCUGGUUGUACUCAUUGUUGGCCUGCCUGGAGAAGCCUCUGCUGCCUGAAGCCCACUCCUCCAUCAGACAGCUGGCCAGGAGAUGCGCUCAGCUGCGCAGCACACUGGAAAGUCAGGAGGAUGAGAAACUGCCUGCCCUCAACCUGCUCAUAUGUCUUGUUGCCAGAUACUUUGAGCAGAAUGACCUGGCUGACCAACCGGAGUGAACACAGGCUUUAACUGUGACUGAUUUCAACAAGACAUUCGGCUGGAACGUGUUUUAAGUCCUCUUCGUCAUGCAGCACUGAGACGGAAGGCUCUACAGUCAAGGAGCAAGAAACUCAAGGACAACUGAAGAUAGAGGCUCUUUGCCAGCUGGGUAAAAUCAGCAAAGAGAAGUAAACAUUUCCAUGGGCUGUGGUUGUUCUGCACAUGAUGUGAUGAAAGCUCUGCUUUUGGAAGGAACCAAGACAUUUCAGUGGAACUCUGCUGAUACACCUGGACAAAAGCCAAAGCAAUGUGGUCUUUUUUAUAAAUAAGAAAAGUACAACUUUUUGUUUAUGAAUUUAUUUUUGAAGUUUCUGGAUGUAUUAAACCUAAGAUUUGUCAAUUAAACUGAUUUGUAGCAUAA